AUGGCUGACAAGCUUGCGGGCAACAUGAUCAAGGCCUCAAGCCAGGAAGGUUGGAGAGCGCCGGGAAUUGAAUACUACAAAGUUCAUGGUCAGUCACACGCGUUCGAAGGUUUCCCCACCAAGGAUGUUGAAGCAGAGAAGGCAACAGUAGCAGCGGCUGAUGCUAUGCUCAGCAAGAUAUCAGACUGGCUAACAGACCCUUUUUCCAACGCCCACAGCGGCUAG